AUGUCUUAUUCCAAAUAUUGAAGCUUGUGAAUGAAAUGCCGCGUUUCAAAAUUUCAAACAAGACAAAGACAGAGGAAACAAUCGAAGAUUCGAAUUCGAAAGUGAAUAUAAGAUGGAUACUGUUCAAGUUAAGGAAGGCUGUUAACGUCGAAGUAGUUAAAGCGCCUAUCUGCAUGAAUAUUAGAAACGCCGUAUUCACGAUGUGGCUACACGUCAUCAGUUCACUAUCACCUGAAGAGAUUCUCACUAUAAUCGACGUGUUCCUGCCGCCGAUUGUUCGAGAACUUUCCACUGGCGAAGGAAUGGCGGCGACACCCGCUAAACAAUUGGCAGGAAGAUUGGGCAAGAAAUUGAGAAGGAAAAUCGGGGAUAUCGAAUACAGCAAGAUGGCGGCUGAGGCUCAAACGAGGUUGAAUAUUAAAAGAGCUGAACGAAAGAAGUUAUUGCUACAAGAAAAGGUCAACAACCCAGAGAAAGCGGCUAAAAGAAAACUUCAAUUGCGUGAGAAAAAGAAAAAGGCGAAAAAAAUUAAACUCGAAAUGUUGCACGGCAAGAGACCAAGAGCUAAGAAGCGGAAGGCGGAAGAUGUUGACAUCGAGGACGAAUUAUUAAAAGAUACAGAAGAUUAAUCUAUAUAAAUUAUCUAAAACCGAAAUUAUUUUCAUCUGUAUAAAUAAUUUUCGGUGGAACCACAGAUUUAGAGAGAGCUA